AUGGCUGUGUCAGAGGAAUCGGAUCAUACACAAGAUAAGCAAGGAGGCGACAUUACAUAUCUACACAUGGUAGAUGAAAAUAAUGCCCUCGGGGAGUCUCAGAUACGAAAACUGUUUGAUGGAGCUACAAUAUUCCUAACCGGUGGUACGGGUUUCCUCGGAAAAUUGUUGGUAGAAAAAUUGCUAAGAUCAUGUUCGGAUAUCAAGAGGUUGUAUUUGUUGGCGAGGCCGAAGAAAAACAAAGAGAUCGUAAAACGGCUACAGGAACAGUUCGACGAUGUGCUAUAUGACAAACUAAGAAAGGUGCAACCAAACUUCAUCGAGAAAAUUAGCAUUGUGGAAGGAGAUGUCAGUCAAAUUAACCUCGGCAUUAGUAACGAAGAUAGACAGAAAUUACUCAAUGAGGUUGAAUUUAUUUUUCACGGCGCGGCGACGGUCCGGUUCGAUGAAGCGCUGAAGACUGCCGUAGAGAUCAAUGUCAGGGGCACAAGGGAAAUAUUAACGUUAGCUCGUGGCUGUUCCAAGCUGAGAGCUAUGGUACAUAUAUCCACAGCAUACAGCAAUUGUCCACUGAAAGAAAUAGAAGAAAAGUUCUACGAAAGUCUAUUAAGCGGUGAGAAAUUGAUCGACCUGGUUGAGAGUAUGGAUGAAAAGACCAUCAAUAAUAUAACGCCUGGUUUACUCGGAGACUUUCCAAAUACAUACGCAUACACGAAGGCAGCCGCAGAAGACAUUGUGCAGAAAUAUUCAAAGGGAUUGCCUGUGGCUUUAUUCAGACCUGCUAUAGUGAUUGGAACAGCUAAAGAGCCCAUCGCGGGAUGGAUAGACAAUGUUUACGGACCUACUGGGGUGGUUGUUGGUGCAGCAGUGGGACUUCUUCACGCGCUAAACUGCAAUCCAAAGGCUGUAGCCGACCUCGUCCCCGGUGACAUGGUGGUGAAUGCGUGCAUAGCAACAGCAUGGAAGACAGCGCGCGACUACCCCGGCAACCAUGAAGAUGCACCGCCAGUAGACCAGCCACCACCAGUCUAUAACUACGUGUCUUCUGUAGAACAACCAUUAACUUGGAGAAACUUCAUGAGAUACAACGAAAUGUAUGGUCUGGAAGUUCCCACUAUGCAAGCCGUGUGGUACUACAUCUUUUACAUUACUCCUUCCAAGUUCUUGUACAGUUUUAUCUGUUUCUUCAUGCAUUGGGUACCUGCCUAUAUCAUUGACGCGAUCGCUGUGGUUAUUGGCAAAAAACCUAUGUUAAGAAAAGCUUAUAAGAAGAUAGACAAAUUCUCAGCCGUCAUCGGAUAUUUCGCAUUAAGAGAAUGGAAAUUCCAUAAUAAUAACACACAGUCACUUUACAAAGAGUUGUGUAAAGCUGACAAAGAAAUAUUCGAUUUUAAUUUAAAGGAUUUAAACUGGAAAGAUUACUUCUGUAGUUACGUUAAAGGUAUUCGAGUGUAUUUAUUGAAGGACCCAAUGGAUACAAUACCGGAAGGACUGAAGAAGCAUUAUAAACUCAAGGUAAUGCAUUAUCUAUUUACUACAGUUUUAUUCGCUGUACUUUUGAGGUUAAUUUGGGGAGGUCUACGAUACAGUAUAGGCGUGUAAUAAGCUUUAAGUUGUAUAGAUAGAACGGUAUUUAAUUUUUUGUACGAAUUAUAAUGAUCAGUAACAGCUUGUUGUUGAACUACAUAGUUUCAAUUCGUAAAUCGGUGUGACGGCUAUAGCUGUUUGUGAUUUAGGUUAUAAUCUAAUAUAACUGUGAGUGGGUUUUCCAUUGUCGUUUAGAGUCUUUUAGAAAACAUUUAAUGCGAGAAAUUCUGUACCCAUUUUUUU